CAUUCAUACACUUAUUAUUAUACUAAGUACUAUCAUCCAUUUAUACAAUUGACUUCAUUCCAAUUCAAUAUACUAAGAGAAAUUAUUCUUAAUUUUUUUUCCUUUGGCAGAAACGUUUUUAAUAAAGAAAAAACGGUUACAUCAUCAACAAACUGCAUUUUUGUUGUUUCCAUCCAUAAAACCGAUUACAUUAGAACAUUAGAGUGUUAAAGAAAUUUUAAGUAAUCUUUGUAAUUUAUACAAGUAAUCACAUAUCUAUAGAUAGAUACACGCACGCACACACACACACACUUACAAUUACACUUGGAUACACAUUAGAAAAAAAACGGUGUAAUAUGUGCAUAAAUAAACAAAAGCUACAAUUCAUUAGUAUUUGGUUAUUAAAUUUAUUGAUUGAAAUUGGAUUGUGCAGUACACCACAUGAAGGAUUUGCAUUUACAUUAGUUAAUGACUUAAAAAUCUUAAAGUACAUUGCUAAUGCCUCAGUGAUUUUGAAGGUCACUGGUAGGACGUUUUCAAUUGUUAACGUGGUCACUGAUUUGAAAUUUGAAUACGGUAAUCUAUCCCGGAAAAGUAUCUUCAAACAUUUAAAUUCCAGGCGUGUUAAAUAA